GGAGACCGUCCCCUUUCGGGGGCGGGGAAGGGGCGGGCUCCGGGCGUCCGGAGCGCGCAUAAAACCCCACCUCCCGCUUCAGGACUGCAGCUACAAUUGGCUCGAUGAGGCACAGGGAGAGAUGUUGAGCUGGCUGCUUCCACCCAUGGCUCUGCACACACACAGGGGCGGGUUGUGCCGGGGAGAACGGGAGGCUGGGCUCCGAGGCGGCGGAGGCGGUGGAGGAGGAGAAAGCGGCUGUGCUGCUGCUCCCGCAGCCUGCCUGCCUCCUUCGGUGACCGAGCCGCUGCUGCUGCUGGGCUGCUGCCUGCGGCCGGACGAUCCGGCCGAGCGGGGGCUGCUGCUGGCGCCGGCGGGCGAGAUGAUGGCGGAGGGCGGCGGCGGCGGCGGCGGCCAGAGGCUGAAGGCGCUCUCGCUGCUGGAGGCGGCCCGCUGCCGCUACGAGAGCCUGCAGAUCUCCGACGACGUCUUCGGCGAGUCGGGCCAGGACAGCAGCGGCGGCAACCCGUUCUACAGCACCACGGCCGAGUCUCGCUCCGCCUCCGACGAGGACGCCGACGAGGAGCGCGAAGCCCCGGACGGAGGACGCAGCCAGCGGGGAAGGACGGCGGCGAGACGCGGAGCCAAGCCAGCGGCCGAGCAGCAGCAGCAUCAAGUGCCCGGUGGCUCGGAGGCGGCUUGCCCGGCUUCCCUGGAGCAGCAGCAGGAGGAAGAAGAGAAGGUGGAAGAGGAGGAGGUGGAGGAUGAGAAGAGGGGCUGGAGCCAGAGCCUGAGAAACACCGCGAUCCCUUCCUUCAAGGAUAGCAGCGGCCCCACUCGCAAAAUGCCACCAACUGCCAGUGCCAUGGACUUCUUCCAACUUUUUGUCCCUGACAACUUGCUGAAGAACGUGGUUGUGCAAACCAAUAUGUAUGCCAAGAAGUACCAGGAGCGGUUUGGGAGUGAUGAUGCCUGGGUAGACGUCACUCUGACAGAAAUCAAGGCUUUCCUCGCGUACAUGAUAUCCACCAGCACUCACCAUUGCGAGUCUGUACUCAGCAUCUGGAGUAGUGGUUUCUAUAGCAACAAGAGCAUAGCACUGAUCAUGACUCAGCCGAGAUUUGAGAAGAUCCUCAAGUACUUCCAUAUUGUGGCCUUCCGUUCCAGUCAGACUACGCAUGGCCUCUACAAAAUCCAGCCCUUUCUGGACUCCCUGCAACACAGCUUUGACUCUGCCUUUAAGCCUUCCCAAACCCAGGUACUCCAUGAACCUCUGAUUGAUGAAGAUCCGGUUUUCAUUGCCACCUGCACAGAGCGAGAGUUACGCAAGAGGAAAAAGCGGAAAUUCAGUCUCUGGGUACGGCAGUGCUCAUCAACUGGUUUUAUCUGCCAGAUCUAUGUCCACCUGAAAGAAGGAAGUGGCACGGAAGGCCUGGAUGCUUUGAAGAACAAAACCCAGCUCCACAGCAUGGUGGCCAAGAGCCUUUGUCAGAACGCGGCAGGGAAGAACUACAUCAUUUUUACUGGGCCCAGCAUCACCAGCUUGACUCUCUUUGAAGAGUUUGAGAAACAAGAGAUUUAUUGUUGUGGGUUGUUAAGUGCAAGAAAAAGUGACUGCACAGGCCUGCCUCCAUCUAUGCUAAAUAACCCAGAUGCUCCUCAGUCUCGAGGACAAUAUAGGAUAAAGAUGAAAGGAAACAUGUCCUUGAUCUGCUGGUACAAUAAAGGCUACUUUCGGUUUUUGACCAACGCUUAUUCUCCAAUUCAACAAGGUGUCAUAAUUAAGAGGAAAAGUGGAGAGAUCCCUUGCCCGUUGGCAGUAGAAGCCUUCGCUGCUCAUCUUAGCUACAUCUGCAAAUAUGAUGACAAAUACAGCAAGUAUUUCAUCUCUCAUAAACCAAACAAGACCUGGCAGCAAGUGUUCUGGUUUGCCAUCAGCAUUGCCAUAAACAACGCCUACAUCCUAUACAAAAUGUCCGACGCCUACCACGUGAAAAAGUACAGCCGGGUGCAGUUCGGUGAGAGACUUGUCAAAGAGCUACUGGGAUUGGAGGAUAUUUCACCUUGCCAUUGAUGCACCAUUCCCCGUGGCUUAGGUCAGGAGCGGGGAAGAGGAGGAGGAAGACGACAACUCUGGAACGCCAAAGUGAGGACCUUGCAAUCACAGCAGCCAUGCUGCUCCCCCAUGUGACAAAGUGACCAGGGAAGCCAUGAAUGUGGUGGUGGUGGUGGGCUUUGAUGAAGGCCCCACCAGUAUCCCUAAGGCCCUAAAGAGUGCCAUGGGCACUUAACGCAUCAGAAGCAAAUUUAAGUUAGCAGCUGUUUCUUAAUACUAUUUGUUAAACAGGGUGUUAAUUGUCACAUGAGGCCCCUUUCCCUGUCCUCUCCCAAACUGAAGUGGCUCAAUUGUUCAGACGGGGCAUUACUGUAAAGCAUAUUCAGUUUUUUAAAAAUGUGUGAUCCGCGGUGUCCUGUGUUUGCAGAUGCUCAGCGCCUGGCGAGAGGUCACGGAGAGGUCGCUAAACAGAGAUACUGAAAAAUGUAUAAAUCUAUUUUGCAAGCCUAUGGUUAGGCAACAGCAGCGGGGACUUAGAUGACUGACGAAGAUUUUAUUUUCUUGCAAUGCUUUUGGAUUGUAGGAGGGAAUAUAAUUUAGGAGGGGGAAGAAAAAAAACAAUUUUUUUUAAAUAUAAAGGAAUAGCCAGAAAUUGGUGGCUUUGCCUAUCAAAGCUAAUGUCAUUUCGCCUUAAAGUCAGUGUGAGCUUUGAGGCUAACUUCAGUGAUGCCAUAAUGCGAGAGAUUUAAUUUAAUUUUAAACACAGUAUAUUCUUUUCCCAGCAUCAAAGCACACUAAUACAAAAGAUAAUCUAACUUUUCGUUAACUUUUAGUAUCUGCAAACAUACACAGGAUCCCACAGCACAAGCAACAAUGAAAAAAGCAGAAUUAGAGGCUUCCCACUGCUCUCUCUUUGCAGAUGCAUAUCCCAUAUCUGAAUUUUUCAUGAAAAUACUGCUGACAGCACAUAAUGCACUAUUGCGCAAGAGCAUCUUUGGAUUUGGACCAUAAUGUAAUGCACUACCCCUCCACCCCACCCUCCUGGUCAAGACUGUUUUAACAUACCUUUUAGUUAAUAUUUGCACAAACCUGGCAGGAAAUAAUAGUUCAACAUGUUUUGUUGUGUGCUCAGGGUGUUGUUCUGCAAGACUUCUUUGAAGUGGAGACUUCCCAUAAUAGUUACACAUUUGCAGAAAUUACACAUCUGUAAAAACCAUGUACCGAGGUUUUGAAAUCAACCACAAUCCAAGCAAGGGACCUAUAGCUCUCACAAGGGCAACAUGACAAAUAGGUGGUUUGUGAGUAGGGAGGCUACUUGGAAGUUUAUGGUACUAGUGGCCAAGAGUUGCAAGAGGACACGAUAAAAGGCUUUCAUUAAAGUAGGGAUGGCCAACCUGUUGGUCUCUGCUCCCAUCAGCCCCAGUGGUGAUGGGAGCUGUAGUACCACAAACACCUGAAAGGCCAUAGGUUCCCCAUCGCUUGCAUAGAGCAUGAGCUCAGUAUAAACACCUUCCAUCAGCGGAGCGGCAAGAUCUCCUCUGGGAAAGUGUAUUCAUGGGCUUUCCAAGGAGGGCCUGAAUUCUUCUACACUCACUGGCACUAGUGGUUUUUAAGGGCUAACAUUCCUGAGAGAGGGGGAGGGGUAGCUUGUUUUACCCAGAACUCAUCCUCUCCUAAAGGCCAUACCAUAGAGCAAGGAAAUCUGGCUGCAUUAUAACUCCUUAAGGAAAACAGUGGUACUAUUAUAUGGAGAACGUUCCACCCACCCAUUCUUUACAUAGUCAGGGAUGUAGCCUGACAGGAUGCUGUUCUUGCAGCCUCUCAGCCCAGUAAGAUUACUAGAGAGUAUACACACACAUAUGAAUUUCCCUGUAGAAAAUAGUAAUGCAGAAAGGCUCUCCUGGCUGUUUUUCUCAAUUCAGUAAAUGAGACUCAACUCAGCGGUGUCUGAUUCCAGGGUCAAUUCCUGCCUCUGCCCUCUUUUCCCUCCCCCUGGAGUCCUACAGUGCACCAAUAUGAAAGGUGAGUGAAGCGAAUAAGGCUUCAUGGCAGACUCCCUACUUAUUCUGAAGGUUUUUGUAUGAAACAAUCUUCCAAAUAUGUUGCACCCAACCAGUAAUGCUUCUCUCUUACAUAGACACAAGUUAAAUUCCCACUGGAAUUAAGGACUCCACAGAGUUCAGUGUGGGUCAUAGGAUCAAGAUAUACUUAAUAGAAAUCUAUAGCAACAGCCAGUCAGAUGUUUUAACAAAAUUAUUUUCUUGUAUUAAAAUUUCCACCAGGUCUUAGUUUGGCCUCAGGGAUUGGCUCCUGAUAAUUUUUUUCCGUGUAGUUGACAGUGGUUAUUAGAUUUUACAGCUUUGGAGUGAGAAAAAACAAAAUGGCAGCCGGAUGUUGUUUGGUAAUGAGCUUCAGUUCCCACCUAGACACUCUACUCAUUGGCAUGUGAUGGUUUCCUAAAUGCGUUUCAAAAAUAUAUUAUUACACUCACCCAACUAUUCUAAGUUGUGAAAAGGUCCAGCAGUAUAGCGCUUGGAUUCCUUUAGGAGGAGGUCAGUCACUGGAGGGUUACUGCUGUUUUCUAAUGUUUACAUUCAUUUACAAAUAUACAUCUUGAGCUUAAACACUCCAAGAGCGUGCCAAAGCCCAGUGCUCUGCUGUCAGGUCUUGGGAGAUAAACAACACCCUGGGAAGCUUACAGAGCCCUAACUCAGCUCUUUGCAUCUGGGUGUCUUCAGCCUCAGUUCUAUGCAUGCUUACCUGAGAGUAAGCCCCAACAAGAGGAAUUCAAUUCAUUUUGCGUUCACCUUUAAACUACCUAAUUUGCACUUUUUUUGAACGAUAUGUGAACUGAAAAACAGUAAUCCUCCAAGAUUCACACUUUGAAUUUUGCAGGGCGGUUGUGUCAAGUGAUGUGUACAGAAAAGCAUAUUCUAGGGUAAAAUGGGCAUAAAAAUGCAUAUAUUCAUGAAAAUAGCAUACGCAAAUCUUUUUAUCAGGGGAAACUGCUUUGCAAAAAAAUGUGUAUAUUAGUUAAAACUGCAUACAAAAAUGUGUUCAUUUGGAGAAAUGCAUACUAAAAUGCUGACAAAUUUUUAUUAGGUUUUUAUUUUAAAAAAUCACAGGUUGCAGGAAUAUGUAGAACUGAAUUUAAGAUUUAAAUUUAAGAGGAACUUUGAGAACUGGAACUGAUUUGUCUAUUCCUAGUCCCCGGGAACCCAAUGAGACUUAUUUCUGAGUGAUAUAUAUAGGAUUGCACUGUAAGGUACUAAUAAUCUAACUGCACAAAAAUGUUGUGGCCAACUCAGACUCCAGUCAGCCUUUGGGAUGAAGCCAGAAUUUAAUUCCUCCUUUCCCUCUUUCCCCAAUUAAUCAGACAAAAGUGCUAGGAAGUUAUCUGAAAAGGGCUGUGUCUAUCCACCUUCGCUAGACUACUCUCAAACAAUUUGACCAGGACAUAGAUUUAAAUUCCUCCCACUGAGAUCAACAGAAUUUGAAAGUGUUCCAUUUCUGACUAGAUCAUGAGGGCAUCACUAUUGUGUGCUUGAGUUUCUGCAAGAUACUGCAUAAAGUAUGGAAGUCUUGCAAGCCAACAUCUGUAAUGCUGGUGAGUUGGGGAAAGCAAGUUGAUUCCUAUACAGUUUCAGCUCAUUCUUUGCCAACAUGACAAAUAUGAACCUGCCCUUCCCAGCUGACCAGCAUUUUAUAUGUUGGAUUGUAAAACUUCCUUCUUGUUUAGGAUUUCAACCUAUGCAUAGGUCCCACUGAACGCACUGGGAUUUACUUCUGGGAAAGCAUACACAGGGAUUUGGCUAUUAUUUCCUCUGGAUAAAAUAGUAACUAUGUUGAUCUGCUAUAUUAGUAACCACGUAAGCAGUCAGCAGGGAUCUUUGCCCGUCUCAUGUCUGGGAGCUGUUCAACAAAGGGGGGCAGAAGCGAAUGAAACAUUCUUAUCACAUGCUGAAUGCCACAAAAGUCAAGUUGACCAAAGAGAUGGAAGAGUGAAAAGGCUGCCUGUUUGAGGUAACUGGUUUUCCCUCUGCUAAUGUCUGUCACUUAGCACUAGAAGGAGACAUGGAAGCAACCGUCUGCAUGUGUAACUGAUACAGGGACACAUCUGGACAUAGCUUUCCAUACAUUUUGAUGCUUAUUCAGAACCCAUUCAUAGGUGCAAACCCCCCCCACCACCAAUUGCUGCAUGUACACAACAUCUUACUCAGGCCUAGAGUUGGAUCGGGGCCUUUGGGCAUUGUUGUAGUUCAGCCAUUCAACAUGGGGAAAAAGUUGUCAUGGCAAUGCAAUAUAUAAACCACACACCAUGCACAAUAAAUUAUCCUCCGAGUAUCGUGUCGCCAUGCUCUGCUAAGAUGUUCCUUUGACUACUGUUUAUUAUUAUGGAAUGGAACAUCUUCCUGCUCACUAAAGCAAGGGCAAAAUGAGUGUUGUUCAGGAACUUUUUUGAAAACUCUGAAUGCUUAGUAGGACACUGACUCCUGACUGCCCACCUUUUCCAUUUAUAUGUUUGACAAUUAAAUGGUGGGGGGUUAAAACAUAAACCUGAUGGGCUCCACUUUUUGCUCUUCCUAGCCAUCCCUUCCAGGCACUACUUUUGUUUGGUUUAAAAAAACCCACAGAAAUCCUUGUUCCUACAUGCAGUUCUCUUGUGCCAUUUAAUAAUUGAUUUGGGGAUCUCACGAUUUUUCGUUCUUGUACAUUUAUGAGGAUAUAGCUCCCUAAAGUUUAGCAAGAGGGCAGCAACUCAAAAAGAAGCCACUUUAGAACUUUUGAUUGAUGCUUCCCUACAGAAGGCUUUGUUCUGCUAACAGGUGCUUAGCAGAAUCUCGUCUGACCUGGCAGUUAAUGAGACCUCUCCUAGCUUCUUCCUGUGCUUCCUCCAGGUAUGGACUGCCAGUUCUGGUGCUCAUUUCAGCAGUGAUUCAGGAUGAGGCCGCAUCGUUUCAGCAUUUUGUACUUUGAUGACGCCUCCCAGUCACAGAGUUCAAGAAAGUGCUUUUUAAAAAAAAAUACUCUAAUGAACUACUCACUGCAAUACAUGGAAACGCAAGAGCCUUUUUUUGCCCUAUAAAAUGUGGAAUAGAGAAAAGAAGCUAAGAUUAAGAACUGCAUUUUUU